GUUCCGGCCUCUACCAGUCGAGAAGUCAGCCAUGUUUGCAUAUUUAAUUCUGAUCCUAUGUGUGUGCGAUUGUUUUGGUUUUCUGGAUGGGAAACAAAUUGACCCCGGAAAUCUGCCACGUCCAAGGCAGGACAUUGACCCCGGAAAUGAACCGAAAAAAUGGCAAGAUCUCGUGAGUUUCGUUAAUCAGAAGAUUGAAGGUAGGGAACGUCUGCUGGCUGACAAGGACGAACGCGUUGACAAACUUGAAUCGAAAGUCGCGUCCCAGGAAAGGACAAUUUUACAGAAAGAUGUUAUCAUAGAUAGUUUAGUAAGACGGGUAUCGGACCUAGAGAUGAGUGUGAAGUCGACGUCCUUUUCAGAAAAACAGCAAACGCGACACCAUACGACAUCAAAUGUUGAUGAUUCUGUUCAGUCUCGAUCACCAGUCAAUGACACAGUCACCGUUUAUAAAACUGGAGAACCUAGUAUCUCCGUAAAUAAACACCAAGGGGAACAAUCUAAAAGGAUGCCAUAUUCUCAGUCAAAUGUUGAAGCCAUAUCGGAUACAAAGCCUCGCGUAACUGAAACCUCUUCCUCUCAAUCCGAUGAGCCCCACCAAAAAAAUGGAAACAACAACUGCCUUUGCCAGGCAGAUGGAAACAAAGAAGCCGAGACGUUCGUAGAGUUUUCGAGAUCUCGACAAAAUCGAGUCCCAUUGAUGCAACCAGUGGCGUUCCAUGCGACUCUUUCUGACGGCAGAUCUUUUAAAACUGAUUCCGCUAUAAAUUUCGAUCACGAGACAAUUGACAACGGCAGCGGCUACAGCCCAGAUGAUGGUAUAUACGUCGUCCCGGAAUCUGGGACCUAUGUCUUGACGUGGACAAUUCUAGGCAAAGCACAUCAAGAAUUCAACACCCUUCUUGUAGUGAACGGUGUUGUUAAAGGAGCCGCUUUUUCAGAUAAAUCAGAAAACGGCGAUUACUAUCAAUCUACAUCAGUCGUUGUUCUAACUUUGACUGAAGGGGAUCACGUCCUUAUCCGCAUGGGGUAUACAACACAACCAGUAGGGACUAUCGAAAGUACAGAUCAUCACUAUGGGGUUUCUACUUUCUCAGGCUGGAAACUCGGCUGAAAAGAAAUAUGUUUUUACCUCGUGUGGUAUAUAAUAUUUUACCAUUAUAUCUCGCAUGGUAAUAAAUUUGUGCUUCAGCGAA